UAUUUUUCGUAGUGAGUGUAUAAACUGUUUACACGGGGCUUGGUUAGACAGGCGUCAAUCGGAUUUGACGUGUGGUACCCAACCUCUAUCACAGUCUCUUACCCGUGGGUUGUGUUCACGAAGUGUGAUACACGUUUAGUCGUUCCCAUUAGCGUCAAGGAUAUCCUGUGUUUCCAGGGGAUGGGACGUACCGGAAGUGUGGAAGAUAAAUGAAAAAGUAAAGCUCUAGCCAUCAUGCGUCCCGCUGUGUAUGCCAGUGUGGUGCGGAACCGGAAGCAGAAUGCGCGACGAAUACGCCUGCGCGCACCACAGUUUUCCUUACGACGAGUUAUGGUGAUGGUGUUUGUAGGUGGCGUCUUGUUCAUACCUGGAUUAAUACUUACUAUUCUGGGCGUGGAAAAUGAAGAGAAUAUGGACAAAGAGUCGCCUGAACAAAAAGUCAUGUACACUGUCAUCGGUCCGGCGGGCUGUGCUCUCGGGGUCAUAGUGCUCGUUGCCGCUGUCCUCUACUACUUCUGCUACGGGUUCUCGACCAUCACCCAGCCACGACACUCCACUGUAUCGGGCGGAGGUAGCCACCAUGGACACUCGGCCUACUCGAGUGUGAAAAGCUCGCAUGGACACAGUGAAGAUAAGUCGAACGGAGAAGCGAGAAACCACUCCCGACCCUCCAACAAGAGGUCCAACUCAUCAUCUUCCAACCAGUCCCACCACCAUCACCAAAGUCCACACAUUCAGAAAACCCAUCACAAGCGUCCUGCUAGCGCAUCACCACACACGCCACCGGAGGAGGACGACCGUGCCACCAGGCUGGCUGAUCACCAGGACGUGACGGUCACGCUGGAAACCACGCCCAUCCCAAGCCCGGAAAGCGUUCCAGAGGUCGAUAUCGUACAACACCACGACCCGGAGAAGUGAGAAGUACUCUCGUUCGGGACGAGACUUCAUGUUUGUAAAAACAAAAAUAACAUGUUUUAGACAAUCUUUCAAACUGGGAUAAAUAUGGUGCCUUCUUCUCUCUGUUCCUUUUUUGAUAUAUUAAAUAUAUUCUUCAUUAACAAAAACAAUAAGAAAUUUAUUGCACUUUUUUCAAUAAAGGCCCGUGAAUCAAUAAGUGACUUAGGAGAGGCCGAUAAUAUAACAUUUUUUUCAUAGAAUGAAAACAGAGAAGCAGAACGACACCAAUAAUAGGUUGUGCUGUGUAGAAUUGGACUGUUGUGGACAAAUUUGGGUCGCCAUUAGUGUAAUCGAUGUGACAGAAGAAGACUGUUUUUACUCCAUCGAUAUUUCGGGUUUGGACAUUACCUCUCAUUUCAAUGCGUCAAUCAACAGUGCGUGCGUACAGAAAAACACAAUUAUCGGACGUCCUUGAACAUCGAUAACAUCUUGGAUAUGUGGUAAAUCUGUAUAGAAUCGAAUCCAGUUUUGAAGUUCACAAUAUAGAAACCCAAACGGUGACAUCCAAUACAUUGUGUGUUGAGGCGGCAACUGUUAGACCAAAGUUAACAUAUAACUGUGCAGAUACUGGUAUCAUAGAACCAAGACUACAAGUCAGUAAACGAGGACCAGGUUUCAAUGUUGACACCAGAGAGUAUGACCACAUUGCGAUGUAGACACCAGAGAAUAUGACCACAUUGCGAUGUUGACACCAGAGAGUAUGACCACAUUGCGUAGACACCAGAGAAUGUGACCACAUUACGAUGUUUGCACCAGAGAGUAUGACCACAUUGCGAUGUUGACACCAAAGAGUAUGACCACAUUGCGAUGUUGACACCAGAGAAUAUGACCACAUUACGAUGUUGACACUAGUGAAUUUUGGUGCGUCACAUCAUGGUGUAUUAAAAGACAUAGCCAGCGUUGGUGAAAAGACAUAUGUAAAAUCAUACAGCAUUCUAAAUGAUAAACAGUUAUAAAACAUUGUAACACGUGCAAUACUAACUCAUCAUGUACGCCCUUACACGUGCAUUACAUAAAAACAUAUACGAUACAUGUGCAAACGCCUCAUCAAUAGCAUAAACAUGAACGAGUCCCUCUUGUACGACAUUAAAUGUGCAAAACAAGCGCAUUUUGUACAAUGUUCUACGUUUAAUACGAACGCAUCAUGUACAGCGUUAUACGUGCAAUACGAACGCAUCAUGUACAGCGUUAUACGUGCAAUACGAACGCAUCAUGUACAGCGUUAUACGUGCAAUACGAACGCAUCAUGUACAGCGUUAUACGUGCAAUACGAACGCAUCAUGUACAGCGUUAUACGUGCAAUACGAACGCAUCAUGUACAGCGUUAUACGUGCAAUACGAACGCAUCAUGUACAGCGUUAUACGUGCAAUACGAACGCAUCAUGUACAGCGUUAUACGUGCAAUACGAACGCAUCAUGUACAGCGUUAUACGUGCAAUACGAACGCAUCAUGUACAGCGUUAUACGUGCAAUACGAACGCAUCAUGUACAGCGUUAUACGUGCAAUACGAACGCAUCAUGUACAGCGUUAUACUUGCUAUUCGCAUAGUUGAACGUGCAAUAAUUAUGUUUACAGUUACACUUGCAACAAGUAUAUGAAUACAGAAGUUACACCAUGUGCAUUACGUACAAAACAUGCACACCAUUUACGUGCAAUGUGAACACAACAUAGUCUCAAAACUGAAUUGUUUUUUCUAAAUGUGUAUGUGUCUUUGGUGCAAAAACAUAAUGGAUACCCCUGUUUAGGGUCAAUUAUCACCAAUUAUACAUCAACUUAUAUCGACUUAUCAUCAAUCGUACACAUCAAUAUAGUUACCAUAUUAAAUUGCUAAGACCUAAUAUGUUUAAAUCAAUAUUCUGAAAGUCGUAAUGUUAUCUUUAUCAUCUCGAAACCUUAAACCAUUUGGCGUGAUCCCUUUUAAAUAAAUUAUAAAGAUAUGGAGAUGUUGUGAUAGAUAUGUUCUGAUCGUCGAGUUGGUACAUGUGUAAGUAGGUCGACUGAAUGUUCAACUGAAAUUCUACACUGGAACCAAGAAAAUGUCAGGAACCAUCGAUUUUUCCAAGAAUAUAAUCUUCCCCGACAGAUCUUGUUAUUUCUGCAUACCAGCUUUCCCGCCUAAUGUUGCUGAAGCUGAUGCACAGUUUUGUUUCAUCUCCGCGUCCACCAGGGAUCUAUCGUCUCCCCACUUACUGCUUGUAUGAUAUAUAGGUCACUUGUGUGCAUCACAAGCGGGGGUUUUGACGACUACAUGUAUUUAUUUCUAAACAAAACCCAAAAUCCUAUUUGAUCAGAUUCUGUGAAUAAAAUGGUAACCAGGCAACAAUUGUGAGAUGAAGGAUAGUAAGAGUAUGGCCCAAAGUCCAGUUCUAAAAUCUAAUAAAUGAUACGAUGGUUAAAAAAAAGCAUUGGGAUAUUCUAGGAAACGUUUUCGUCCAUAAGUAAAUGUAAUAGUAAGGUUGGACGUUUGACAUGUACCUACCGGAUACAUAUUCCGUCUUUGCGUAUUGCAGAGGUAUCUUCU